AUGGACAAAACUGCUUAUCCUCCAUUUACUCUCGGUAAAAGUAGAUUUGAUCAGUCGACAUUUUUAGGUAGACUGCGCCAUUUCUUAGAUGUAACCGAUCCAAGAACAUUAUUCGUGAGUGAGAAGCAACUUCAGGACUCUAUUAAACUAUUAAAUGAAUACAAGAUAGGCAAGCUUCCUGAUGGGGUUACAAAUGAGCAACUAUGGAAGGCUCAAAAAAUUAAACAGGCUAUAAUUCACCCAGAUACCAAUGAAAAAAUAUUCAUGCCAUUUAGAAUGUCGGGAUUUGUCCCAUUUGGUACUCCGAUUGUAGUCGGAUUAUUACUUCCAAAUCCCAGUAUGAAAUCAAUCAUUUUUUGGCAGUGGUUAAAUCAAAGUCAUAAUGCUUGCGUUAAUUAUGCAAAUCGUAACGCUAGUAAACCAACUCCAACAAGUGAAUUUGUUGCCGGUUAUUUUGCAGCAAUUACGAGUGCGAUAACCAUAGCGCUCGGUUUAACGGCAGUAAUUAAAAGAGCUGAUCGUUUUAGUCCUGCUACUCGCAAUGCUAUCCAGCGUUUUGUGCCAUUCCCAGCUGUGGCAUCUGCUAGCGUUUGCAAUGUUCUAUUCAUGAGAAGAAAUGAAUUAUCUCGUGGAAUUGAAGUAGUAGAUAAAGAUGGCAAUACAGUUGGAACUUCCAAAAUUGCUGCUAAAAAGGCUUUAGUUGAAAUGGCCUGCACACGUGCGUUCUUGCCUGCUCCUAUUUUAUUACUACCUACAAUUGCAAUGCAACUUAUGGAGAAAACCAGAUUUUUAAAGGCCAAUCCACGUUUUCAUUUGCCCCUGAAUGCAAUCUUUUGCACCAUAUCGUUUGGACUAGCUUUACCGCUAGCCAUUAGCCUAUUUCCUCAAAUGUCUUCGGUAAGGAUAGCAUUUCCGACAUGUAUUUCAAUAGGUCCUUAA